AUGUCGCGGAAAUUCAGCCUCGACGUCUCGCCUCCCGUGCAUCGCGGCAUGGCCGUCCUCGACAGGGACGCGUUCCGCAAAGAGAUACCCAUCUUGGCAGCAAAAGUCUCCCCGGCAAAGGCAGGCAAGCUGUUGGUUUCGCAGGUCAUGAAACGGUAUGUCGUUGUAUCACUCUCGAUCGAGCUCGUGCCGAUGUAUUUUGCGGAUACCAAAAGCGCGCUCUUGGACGUCAGGAGAGUUAAAAGCGUGGCAGGGACAGAUGACGGGAACAGGCUUGUGUUGCUUAAUUUCCAGGAUCGAGCCGACCUGUCCCCCGACGUAUUGGAGUUCUUGAAGGAACAAUCCGCUGAGAUCGUCUCGCAUACACUGCACCUGAACUACGGCUAUUGGACAUCAGGUGAUAUUCUUGCGGCAGUCCUUCCCGAGGACUUAGUCGAGGAGGCCCCGUCCGGAUUCGCAGCAAUAGGGCAUAUAGGCAUGUCCCACCUCAACCUCAAUUCGGAAUAUCUCCCAUACAAGCACUUAAUUGGCCAGGUCAUCCUCGAUAAAAACUCUCCACAUCUCCGGACAGUUGUGAACAAGCUGGACUCGAUUAGUAACCAGUUCCGUGUAUUUAAGAUGGAGCUUCUGGCUGGGGAGCCAGAUUACAUUGUGCAACACCAUGAAUCGAACUGUCAGUUCACAUUUGAUUUCAGCGAAGUGUAUUGGAACUCCCGGCUUCAUACCGAGCAUGCUCGUUUGGUGGACCAAUUCAGUCCGGAAGACGUGGUUGCCGAUGUAUUUGCCGGAGUCGGCCCUUUUGCAAUCCCAGCGGCAAAGAAGGGAUGCGCUGUGUUCGCGAACGAUCUUAACCCUGAAAGCCAUAAAUACCUGCUCACGAACAUUGCAGACAACAAGGUGUCUACGCUCGUGCAGCCGUCCUGCGAAGAUGGCAGGGCAUUCAUUCGCGCGGCAUUCAACCGGGCAAUUGACGAUCCCUUCCCGCCGGUCCCUCCUCCUAAAAUAAGUAAGACGAAGCAGAAGCAGGAACGUGCACAGAGGCUGCGCGAAGACGACUCGAGUCGAUCGCCACCUCGAGCCAGCUCUCCCGCGCCGCCAUCCGCGCCCCGACGUGCACGCAUCACACACUUUUCGAUGAACCUGCCCGAGUUGGCGAUCGAGUUCCUCGACGCGUUCCGCGGGGUACUGGCGGCAGGGAACGCUGGGGAGCGGCCUUUGAGCGGCCUGUAUGGAGGACAUGACGCCAUGCCAUGGGUGCACUGCUACUGCUUCACGAGGGAACUCGAGCCCGAGAAGGCAGCGGUCGAUAUCCGGCAGCGGGUAGAGGAGAGGCUGGGCCAUGCGGUCGGGCAGGACACGUCGUUUUACCUGGUGCGGUCGGUGGCACCGAACAAGGACAUGUACUGCGUCAGUUUCCGGCUGCCGUACGACGUCGCGUUCGCAGCGUGA